CUCCCUGCUCUCAGAAUUCGGGUCUCGGCAAACUUCCUGCGCGGAAGGUGAGGGGCGCGGGCGCGUCCACUGCGCGUGCGCGCGGGCUCCGAGGUCCCUGCGCCCCCUCCCCCUGCGGCGGGGACUUGGUACGGCCGGGCGGUUGGCGUCCCCCGCGGCUCCAGCCCGAGGCGGGCUUUUCAAAUCUGAUCCUCGGCCGAGUGGCGGCGGCCCCGGCUGUGGCGCUGGAGAUGGAGGGGCUGACCCAGAGGGGUCCCGAGCUCGGCCCGGCGGGGCUCCCCGCUCAGCAGGACUGCAGUAUUCAAGAAAAAAUAGAUUUAGAAAUUCGAAUGCGACAAGGAAUAUGGAAACUCCUUUCUCUGAGCACUCAGAAAGACCAGAUUUUACAUGCAGUAAAAAAUCUCAUGGUGUGCAAUGCUCGAAUAAUGGCUUACACGUCGGAACUGCAGAAAUUAGAAGAGCAGAUCGCAAAUCAAAGUGGAAGAUGUGAUGUGAAUUUUGAAAGUAAAGAACGAACAGCAUGUAAAGGAAAGCUUGCCAUAUCAGAUAUUCGAAUACCACUAAUGUGGAAAGACUCUGAUCACUUCAGCAAUAAAGAACAAACACAGCGCUAUGCCAUUUUUUGUUUAUUCAAAAUGGGAGCUGAAGUUUUUGAUACUGACAUGGUAAUUGUCGAUAAAACAAUCACAGAUAUAUGUUUUGAAAAUGUAACCAUAUUUAAUGAAGCAAGGCCAGACUUUCAGAUAAAUGUGGAAGUAUAUAGUUGCUGUACAGAAGAAUCUUCUAUAACUAACACACCCAAAAAAUUAGCUAAGAAACUGAAGACAUCUAUAAGUAAAGCUACAGGGAAGAAAAUGCAUUCAGUGCUUCAAGAAGAUCAUGAAACGUGUUUGUCCUUCGGUUCUGCUAUUUCUGGUGCAAAAUAUAAUUUGCUAGCUCAUACUACACUGACCUUGGAAAAUGCUGAGGACAAUUUCAAGACCCAUAAUCUGUCUAUUAAUGGAAAUGAGGAAUCUUCGUUUUGGCUGCCCUUAUUUGGCAACAUGUGCUGCCGGUUAGUUGCCCAGCCAGCUUGUAUGGCUGAGGAUGCAUUUGCAGGAUUUCUUAAUCAGCAGCAAAUGUUAGAAGGUCUGAUUAGUUGGAGAAGGUUGUAUUGUGUUUUAAGAGGAGGUAAACUCUAUUGUUUUUACACUCCAGAAGAAAUUGAAGCUAAAGUGGAACCAGCUUUGGUAGUGCCCAUUAACAAGGAGACCAGAAUACGGGCACUGGAGAAUACCAAGAAAAGAGUCUAUAAUUUCUCUGUCGCCAACCCUGUUGCUGGACAGGCUGUAGCUCAUAUUUUUGCAGCUGACAAUAAAGAAGAUCUUCAGAAGUGGAUGGAAGCCUUCUGGCAGCAUUUCUUUGAUCUUAGCCAAUGGAAGCAUUGUUGUGAAAAACUUAUGAAAAUUGAGAUUAUGUCACCACGGAAACCACCUUUGUUCUUGACAAAAGAGGCGACCUCAGUCUACCAUGAUAUGAGCAUUGAUUCACCUAUAAAACUUGAAAGUUUAACUGACAUAAUACAAAAAAAAAUUGAAGAGACAAAUGGAGAGUUCCUUAUUGGUCAGCAUGAAGAACCCUCACCACCUCCUUGGGCCGCACUCUUUGAUGGUAACCGUCCAGUGGUCAUCCAGAAAGAGAUAUUACCUGAUGGAAAAAGGAAAAAGAGACGGGCUCCCCUUCCUCCUCCUGAUAAAGCUCCAUUCAGCUUAAAAACACAGAGCAACACAGAUCUAUUGGUUAAGGAAAACGGGGGGAAAACAUGUGUAUCUCAGACCUCGCCUUUGGAUACCAAAUCGUCAACCCUAGUGCAUCACAUACAGAAACCAAUGGCUGCUCCUCGAAAACUCCUUCCCGCCUGGAAAAAUAGUUUAACUGAUGGUGAAAACGCAGACACUAGACCCAGUUUUGAAGCAAAGCCAGUGCCAACUCCAAGGCAGAAAUCUAUCAAAGACAUUUUGGACCCUAGAUCCUGGUUGCAGGCACAAGUAUAAAAAACCCUUAAUGUAUAAAACAUUAACAAAAUGUGUAACUGUGAGGUUUGAUUCAGAAGCGCUGUAGAUGGAAAUUAUGUAGGUAAUUAAAAUGGUUUAAAUCAAUAAUGAAUAAGCUAUUAGGUAUAAAAAUGUUUUAUAAUGAAGAAAUGCACUUCUCUUUUAUUCUGAUUUUGAGAAUAUAAGUGAUUUCCCCAGCAGAAUGCAAGAGGCACUCUCUAGACAAUAUCCUAAUUGUUGGAAGGGUUAAUUUAUUCCUAAAUUAAUACCAGGCAGUGAACAAGAACUAGGCAGAAGAAAGCAUUAAAUUUUCUUUGGGGAGAGACUGUCUAGUAAUUUAAAAUGGUUAAAUAUGAACCAUAUUCUCAUUAUGAGAAUUUUAAUACUAAUGGAAUUUUUCAAAAGUUUUAUUCAAACCACAAAUUAUAGAAUCCACCCAAGAAAAUUUCUUCUUAGCAUUCUGGAAUUCUCAUCUAAUGGUUCACUGGCUCUCAUCUAUUGUUUAACUCACUAGUUAACUCACUGACCUUUUAAAUUCCUGGGAUAAAUUUUGGGAUAUUAAAUUCUUCAUCUUUAAAGGGAAUUUGUAAUGUGCUCCUUGAUGAGCUCUGAAAUCCUGGAGACAUUAACUCUCAUAGUGAAGCACAUUUAUUAGUUUAGAGAAAAGGUAGAUGAAAUGUUUUUUACUUCCAUUUUUCUAUGCAUGGUGCUAAUUUUCAUUGUGACAUAGGAAUUUAGGGACGUGAUUAGCUGAUUAACAUCUUAAAAUAAAUUUAAUACUUUAAAAAGCAGGUGGUCAAUUAAAAAAUAUCAGAAAAGUGGGCCAUGAUAAUAACUUUCAGAAUUAAUCCCCCUUUAAAAAUUUUUAAUUAGAUUUCCUUCUUCUAGUAAGGUUUGAUAUCUGCUAUUGAUAUUAUUCAUUAAAAGUCGUAUUCUUACAAUAAACACAUCAGAAUCAUUUCCAUAGGAGGUAAUCUCCAUAGCAACCAAUCAUAGUGACCCAAACAGAAUUAUGAAAUCUGUUUCAUAAGUGAAGAAUAAAUAGCAAGAGAUUAAGUACCUUACAGGAACAAAAAAAAAAUCCGUUUUUAUAUUAAUACUUCUUGUAAACAAGAGCUGAACAGAAUCUAAUCAGAAUUUCCAAAUAAAACAGUUUCCAUAAGGUGUCAGCAACAGCACUAAAAAUCUCAAAUCACAGUGAACCCUAAAUGUCAUUGUAAGAAAUAAGAAUUAAAUUAUUGCCCUAAGUAUAAUCCCUAGAGAUAAUUUUAAAGCCCAUAAGAACUCUAUUUGGAUCAGCACUACAUUAUUACAAAGUAAAAUGAGCACUUGACAAAAAUAACAUUAAUUUAAAUGGAGCCUUUCAUUAUUUUUAGAUAGCAAAGUCUUUUUCAUUUAUAUGGAAUGAUGUAACUGCCAGGUUACUUUUGUGUUUGCUCAGGAUUCUAGUAAGAAUUGGGACUCGAGGGAGCAAUGAUACAAAAGGUCUCUUGUGACUGGCGACAUCAGCAUAAACCUAGUAUCUGAUGAGAAGGAAGCCCUAUAUGCUUGUCUGGAAUUUAGAGACAAGCACAUGUAUAAACACCUAAGAAGAUAGGAUUAAUUUAUUUUUCCUAAUUAGAAGGCUCUUGUAAAUUUCUGUUGUGAUUGCCAGUUUAGUAAAUGGCAUAUUAAAAAUCUAAAGGAUUUUAUUAUUUUAAAUUUUAUUUUUUAAACCUCACUGCUGUUUUUAACAGCAUUUGUGACUCAUUGCCACUAAAUUAUUGAGCUAGAAGGUGCUGUAAGGCAAAAUUGUUCCUGAAACUGGUAUCUAAAAAGCCUUCUUUAUAACAAACCAGAGUUAAAACUUCCAAGUUAUAUUCUUGUCAUUUCUCUUCAUGCAUAUUAUAUCAAGAAGGCUUUAAGUUGUACAGGAAACAGAAUUUAUUCAUAAAGAAAUUACCUAGCAGUGGUUCCCUCAGUGGGGCGCUUUGAAACAAGGCUGAAGUCCUUCUUCCUAGAACCAUUUAGGUGAAACCUGACCAAGUCCUACCUCCCCCGCCAAAAUCAUUCAGGCUGUUUGUAGGGGCCCAUGUUACAAAGCUGUUGAAAUUGGGCUGAAGUCUUCAGCUGCACUUCCUUUGACAUUGUUCUCAUUAAAUGUUAGUUCAGUUCUCCCCAAAGGUGUAAUACAAAGUUGGAUCUCUUCUCUCCCUCCUUUUCUCCUCCCUCCCUUCCUCUCACAGCAAAAAACAAAAACAAAAACAGCUCUAAAAAUACUGAGUUAAACACUUUGCUAAGGAGUUCAUCAAAAGAAGUAUUUGUGCCCUCACUGAUUUGGCUCAGUGGAUAGAGCAUCGCCUUGCUGACUGAAGGGUCCUGGGUUCGAUUCUGGUCAAGGGCACAUACCUUCCUUCAGGCUCCUCCCAGGCCUGGGCCCCUGGUCAGGGUGCAACCAAUCGAUGUGUUUCUCUCACAUUGAUAUUUCUCUCUGUCUUUCUCUCUUCUACUCUCUAAAAAUCAAUGGAAAAAAUAUCCUCGGGUAAGGAUUUAAAAAAAAGAAGUACUUGUUUCUUCAUUUCCUAAACUGGAAGUUUAUGACAGAAAAAUAUGCAAUAUAAUAAAAUACAUUUCAGCUUUUUAUGAGAUGGUUUUUCACUUUCCUUAUUUGUCUUUUUAAUUUGUUUCUUGGUAUAUGAAGGCUAUAAACUUGAAACAAAGGGUUAGCUGUCACAUCUUGAUAAAAUAAUUGGAGAAACAAAAUAGACACUUUAUGAUAUGAUAAUUCUGAUGAUUUGAAAAUAAUAUCUUAGAAAAUUACAUUCACAUCUCAAGCUCUGGGAUAUAAAUUACAACAGCAUUAAGAUAGUAUUUUUAAUUGCUGCAAAGUGGGAACUUUUAUGCAAAUGACAACAAAGACGUUUUAUUACAAACACACACCUCCUUAGGUACAGUUUUUCAAAAUGUCAGGCAUGCCAACCUUUAGUGGGUUUAAUUACAUCUUCCUCAACUGUCUGCAGUGCCCCCUGACUUCUUUUAAAUAGAUGUGCAUAUACGUCGAAAACUAAAUCCAUUUAUUAUAAAUGCUUUAUCUUUACCCUUUAGGAUCCUACAAAAUGUAUUUUACCUGGUACUAUAUAUUUUUUUUAUUUUAGAGAGAGUGGAAGGAAGGGGGAGAGACAGAGAAACAUUGUGAGAGAGAGCCAUUGAUUGGUUGCCUCCCGCAGGCACCCUGACCAACCUGCAACCUAGAUAAUGUGACCUUGACCAGAAUCGAACCUGGACCCUUGAGUCCAAGGGCCAACACUCUGUCCACUGAGCCAAACUGGCUAGGGCUUACCUGGCACUACUUAUUAAGAAUGGAAGGCCCCUUAUUUAGAGACAUUUCAUAUGUGAGAUAUUUCUUUAGGCUUAUGUUCAGCACCUUAGCUGCCUACCAAGAAGUUAAUUAAUUCAACACAAAAUGAAAUUGUAGGGCAGUUUGGAUCAAUUUAUGUCAAAUGCCAUUUGACUAUAACCACCUGUGUUGCCAUGAGUGAGGAACAACCUUACCAUAUAAAGUGCUAUACCAUGAACAAAAAGAGAAGGGUGUUGUCAGGAAAAAUGUCUGUUUCUAAGGGUCAGAAUUUAUCAAAACUCACUGUUUUUUAAAGAGUGAAUUAUUGAGCAGUCAUUAAACUGAUCACCAUUUAUAUCCUAGUAGUUUUCUUCAGUGUUCUAUCUAUCUUAAACUAUAAUGCAGAUGGAGUUGACUUGCUGUACUUACAUUUCAAAGACAGUUCAGUUUUUAAAUGUUUACAUGUUUAUGUAUAACUGCUUCAUUGUUAAUAAUAGUCGUAUGAAAAUGGUUUAUACUGAAUUGUACAUAGUCUUAGUUAUUAGAAAAGAUGUUUGAGUUUUUAAAGGACAAGAUUUUCUUUUUAAUGGUAAGGUGUGUAAUUUUUUGUGACAUACUUGUAUAAUUGACAUUGUAUCUCUUAUUUUUUAAUUAAAUGUGGGUCAAGCUUCUGGAUUAAAAAAUAUUAUAUCACGGAAUAUAUAUAUGU